CGAGGUGCCCCUGGUGGCAAGCUUAAGAUGACCCUGGGUCUCCCAGUCGGUGCCGUCAUGAACUGCGCCGACAACUCGGGCGCCCGCAACCUCUACAUCAUCUCCGUCAAGGGUAUCGGUGCCCGCCUCAACAGGCUGCCCGCCGGUGGUGUCGGCGACAUGGUCAUGGCCACCGUCAAGAAGGGCAAGCCCGAGCUCCGGAAGAAGGUCCACCCCGCCGUCAUCGUCCGCCAGUCCAAGCCCUGGAAGCGCUUCGAUGGUGUCUUCCUUUACUUCGAGGACAACGCUGGUGUGAUCGUCAACCCCAAGGGUGAGAUGAAGGGCUCCGCCAUUACUGGUCCCGUCGGAAAGGAGGCUGCCGAGCUCUGGCCCCGUAUUGCCAGCAACUCCGGUGUCGUGAUGUAA